GCGCUUACGCACUUCCGCCUGCCCGGCCCGGGCCUUGGAGCCGGACAUGGUGCUGUCGGAGUUGGCCGUGCGCCUCAACUGCGCCGAGUACAAGAACUGGGUGAAGGCAGGACACUGUCUGCUUCUGCUACGCAGCUGCCUGCAGGGUUUCAUCGGUCGCGAGGUGCUCGCCUUCCACCGCGGCCUGCUCGCCGCCGCCCCUGGCCUGGGCCUCCGCGCCUCUUGCAGCGGCGGCUCACGGUGCAGCCCGCGCGCUCGCCAGUUUCAGCCUCAGUGCCAGGCGUGCGCAGAGUGGAAACGGGAGAUUUUGAAACAUCACCUCAACAGAAAUGGAGACGUGUACUGGGGGAACUGCCAGCCGGGCCGGUGGCCCGUCGACGCGUGGGAGGUGGCCAAGGCCUUCAUGCCCCGAGGACUGGCAGACAAACGAGGACCCGAGGAGUGUGAUGCCGCAGCUCUUUUAAGUCUUAUCAACUCCUGUGAUCACUUCAUGGUUGAUCGAAAGAAAGUCACAGAGGUGAUCAAGUGUCGUAAUGAGAUCAUGCACUCUUCAGAGAUGAAAGUCUCAUCUACAUGGCUUCGAGAUUUUCAUAAGAAGAUCCAAAAUUUUCUGAAUGAAUUCAGGAACAUCCCAGAGAUUGUGGCAGUGUACUCCAGAAUAGAACAGCUAUUGACAUCUGACUGGGCUGUUCACAUCCCUGAGGAAGAUCAACGAGAUGGGCGUGAAUGUGAAAUAGGAAGUUACCUGAGUGUGAGCCAAGUAAAUGAAAUCGAAAUGGAAUUACUAAAGGAAAAACUACAAGAGAUAUACCGUCAAGCGGAAGAACAAGAAGUGUUUUCUGAAGAGAUCUCCAAUCAACUGGAAGUGGUAAAGGAAUUUUUGAGAAACAAUGAAGAUCUUAGAAAUGGUCUUACAGAAGUUAUGCAGAAGCUAGACAGCCUCCAUCUACAACAUCAAAAACUGGAUUCAAAGGAAGCUGUGAUACAGACACCUGAAAAGAAGGCCUGAGGUUGUCCUUCAGCAAAAAUCAGGCAUGUUCUGUGAAUGACAGCAUGGCUUCCAGGUCAGGCACCUUUUCUAUGCAAAAGGAGAAAGUUUCCAGAGUACUGUACCCAAACAAAAGGGAGUUUUUGUUGUCCUAGACUUUUUUCUGACUCUUCGGGAAUAUUUUUUCAUAUACAUAAACUUGGUGUUGUGUAAUAUAUACCAAUCAAAAAAUAUUAGAUACACCUGUUCCACACCUUGCUGCCAUCAAGGGACUUUUUCCUAUUUCAAAGGUAAGAGUCUUUUCUGGUCCUGAACUACAGCUGCUUACCAUGGUGAAGGCCUUCAGGCCAAGAGCUCACAGAGAGUGCUCCGCCCCCUGGCAGAUGUGUCCUAUUCCCUCUGCCUCUGCCUGAAAGUCAUACUCAUGAUGAUGCAGAAGAGGGGACUGGAAUAUAAAUGUUGAGGUAGAAAUAUUUUUUGAGAGAAGGCCAGGGGAAAACUUGCCUGGAAGGCUAUUUUCUAGCCAUUUCCACUUAAUACAGAAAUGUUAGUACUAGAUCUGAGUACAACUUAGCAAUAGGACAAGGAGACUGCUGAGCUGCUCAUUGGGGGCCCAGAGUACAGUGAUUUUACUGACCUAUGCAAGGGGAGGGUCCAGGCUUCUCACAGCAGAGAUGUGGGGGAAGCUCAGUUGCAGCUUAAGAACUCCUAAGAACACUUAGGAGAAGUUAAAUCCAUGGCAGUCCCAGCUGGUUUUGUAUAGUAGUCCUGGUACCAAACCUGGCCCUCAUCCUCAAUGAAUAUUUGUUUGAAGGUUUAUCUGUUAGCCUAGGAGUAUUCAUAGGUAUAAAUACUAGUUACAUUGUCAACUAAACUUGGCCCUUCAUUAUGAAAUUUUAACAUUCUUAUGGAAACUACAAGACAUCUUUUUUUUUUUUCAAAAAAUUGACAAAUUCAUUCAUACUUCUUCUAUUCCUUUGACCUAAAAGUCUUCCACUCUGAACUUUUAUCCUAUUUGUUCCCAAACCACACAAACACUGUACCAUUACAUGCAGUGGUCUUUAGAGUUGACUUCACUUCCACCUUCCCUUCCAUCUGCUCAUCUCCAAGGCCAGGUUGCCUCUGGACUUUCUGAGAUAGAAUUGCCUUGUUCUCACAACUCUGCCUGGAAGAAUUGCUCCAUGCCAAGCAUGAGUAAAGAUAAAUGUGCUCCUUCAUCUAUUCAACUGCCCACCAUUCUAUAGGGCAGAGGAAUGGAAUAUAUUUGGCAUAUAUUUUUACUUUAAAAGGCAUUUAAUACAAUUCUGUGAAAUUUGAAUAAAUGCAAAUGUGUUCAUAACUUUGUGCUUUAAUCUUCCCAGUUGCUAUUUAGUCCUUAGUCUUGUGUUUUCUUUCUCCCUUCAUUUCUUGAAGUUCCUUGAGAACUUCAGUAAUAAUUUUUAUUCAUCUUGCAACUGUCCCAAACUAAGAAACUUUAAUAAAACAUCUCCUAGCUUCUAGAUCUGAGAUGCAAAACAUGGGAUGAAAUGGAAUCUUGAUUCA